AUGGCUGUGGCCUCCAUCGUUCAUGCACCGUCUCUCCUAGCAGUCCAGACCUUCCGCGGACAGAGGAAUGCUGCCGCUAACCGCUCACCGAGAGCGGCGGCUUUCAGAGUCCGGGCAGCGAAGCUUCCGGCCGGAGUCCAGGUGCCAAGGGCGCAACCCAAGCUGAGCGAGCCGUUCCUGGGGUUCACCAAGACCGCCGAGGUAUGGAACUCCAGGGCCUGCAUGAUGGGCCUCAUCGGGACCUUCAUCGUGGAGCUGAUAUUGAACAAAGGCGUUCUUGAGAUAAUCGGUUUUGAAGUGGGAAAAGGCCUCGAUAUUCCAUUGUAG